CUGCUGCUCUGAGAAGGAGCCUCAAAGGUGGCGCUUGGUCCCCCAAGGCGUUUUACAACACCUGAAUGGCUGCCACCAAUUAAAUUCUCCAACUAGCAAAAAAGAACCAACAUUCCAGAUCGUUUCUACUGUAAGUGACCAAAGCCUGCGCUUGUCCUGGGGGCUGCUGGCCCUUUAAGAGGAGCAGCGGGGAGGGAGGAGGGUCGGAGCAUCUUGGCUGCAGUGUUUUUGUCUCUCAGUGAGCGCUCCUGGGCCGAGAAGGUUGAAAGGAUUUCCAGAGAGGGGCCAGGUAAGCGCUGUGUUGACUGUUGAGGGAAAGAGAAGUGAGGAAGAGCGAGGAUCCUGGGGAGGAGACAUCCCAUCCUCACAGCGCAAGCAGCUGGUGAGAGUUUGUGUGUGUGACUGAAAAGCAGCUGCUGGUUCGUCAUGGCUCAGGUGCUGCACAUGGACCCUGGCUUCCCAGGGAAACUCAACUCGCCUGCUCCUCCGACGCUGCACACCAAAGAACAGGAGGCGCCCUACUCAGUGGAGACCCCCUAUGGCUACCGUCUGGACCUGGACUUCCUCAAAUAUGUUAACGACAUAGAAAAGGGUAACACUAUUAAAAAGGUGCCUAUACAGCGCCGGCCGCGCUAUGGCUCCCUGCCUCGGGGGUACGGCUACACCGGCUCCUGGUGGACCUCCACGGAGUCUCUGUGCUCCAAUGCGAGCGUGGAGAGCAGGCAUUCCUCUUAUUCCUACUGUGCCCCAGGCUACCACACAUCACAGAGACCCAGCUUUAGCACAGCUCGGGUGGAGAAGACCCUUUUAGACGCUCGCAGGAAGCUGGAGGAGGAGAAAGAAGGGAGGAGAUUCUCCAACCUCGGCAGCAUGAACAACAGUAUGGCAGGGUCCAACACCUCCCUUAGCAGUGCGCACAGCUUCAACCGGGCACACGGUGGGGGUGGGACCUUCACUCCUAUGAGCUCGGGCCUGUCCACACCAGUGACUCCGACCCCUGCGCAUUUGCAACAUGUCAGAGAGCAGAUGGCUGCAGCCCUGAGGAAGAUAAAAGAGCUGGAGGAGCAGGUGAAGACCAUCCCUGUGCUGCAAGUUAAAAUCUCUGUGUUGCAGGAGGAGAAAAGGCAGCUCAGCGUUCAGCUCAAAAGCCAAAAGUUUCUUGGACACACUCUGGGUUUUAGCCGAGGUCGAAACCGUGGGGAGCUGUACAUCGACAUUCCUGAGGAGGAGGUAGGCACGGCAGCUAAAAGCACCAAGACAACAGAGUCAUUGUCUCCGACUGAAGUCUCUAAGCAGGAUUCAGGCUGUGAAAUCGAGGACACAGUGAUUGUGGGUGGAGCCCGACCAGAUGGUAAGAGAGAAGUUCGCACCAUUGGAGUUGGACCAGAGGGGUCUUGGGGCAGUCGUGAUGUGGGGGUCUGGGUUCGAGAGAAGGAUCUGGGUCUUCUCCCAGAAGCAGAGGUUCUCAAAGAUCAAGUUGGUCAGCUUGAGGGGAAGCUAAAGAGGACUCUGCAAGAACUGCAGGCUGCACAGCUGCAGAAGGCUCCACAGGCAGAGCAUCCGGUAAUGGCAACCAGCAUUGGGUGGCAGGAACCACAAGGCAGCAGUCUGCACACUCUGGUCAGCUUCACACAGCAGCCACAGCAGAGGGAGCAGAGAACUGUGGGGAUCCAGGUGUACACACUGGAGAAACCUACGGUAGUGGAGGUGGGCACGCUGCUCCGAGCAGAGACCUGCAGCUCUCCCUCACUUCAGCCAGCGGGUGGAGUUACAGAAGGUCACCACAAAGGACAAACUGAAGCCCCCGUUGAGUUGCCGAUUGCAGUCAGCUCCAAGCAGGUCCGUGACGUCCUGAAAAGUGGACUGUCCACCUCUGUACCCGUCAGUAAUCCUGCCAUCGUUGUAGCAUCUGGUGAUCAGAUUGGCUUGGUGCAAACCAAAGAAGAGUCUCCCGAGGUCUUUUCUAAAUCAGCCUCAUCUCCCCAGUCCUCGCUGAGAUCAAUUAUGAAGCGGAAAGCAGAAGGUGAACCAGGCUCCCCCUCUACAAAGAAAAACCUGCAGUUCAUUGGAGUCAAUGGAGGGUACGAGUCCACCUCUUCAGAUGACAGCAGCAGUGAGAGUUCAGACGAUGGGAGCGACUCCAGUGAAUACCAUGAAGCAAGAGAAAAACUUCCAGAGUCCACCAAUCAGCUCCAGCGUGUAACUGUUAAUAAAACUCCCCAACCCCAAGAAGAAAGCACCAGUGUACCUCAACAAACUGCCAUAAAAAUGCCAGCUAUAACCCACUUACAAGACACAAAACUGCCGGAAAAUGCUCAUCAGUCACCAGCGACUGACUCUGAGCGAAAAUGUGCCUCCCACACAUCGACGACAAACUCCACCUCAAUGCCUCCAGCCAAGGAUUCUGCCUCCCCUGUGGACCAAAUAGCAGAUAAGCACACUGUUACCCAGGAGAUCACUUCCACAUCACCUAACUCCGAAUCUGCACCAAUCGCCAUUAAGUGUUCUUCAACAUGCAUCACUAAAUCUGCAGAGGUAAACCCUCUGUCACAAACGUCUACCACCUCCUGUCAGCCAGAGUCCAAAGCAGCACCUGAGAGCGUUAAACACGAGUCCUCUAAACCAGUCAGGCUUGAGCUGAGUGAAAGCCUGAUGUCGGCUCUCUAUACUCUGCAGAAAGCCCUGGGGGAGCCCAAUGCUUUCAGCCAACAAGCAGCAAGGACGGCCUACACCAUCGUCCUACAGGAGUGGCUGCGUGUGUCCUGUCACAAGGCAGCCAACACAGCGGUCGUCAAGGCCUACAUGGACACCUUUGCCUCCAUCUCCCCUCAGCUGCUGGAAUUUGUGAUCAACAUGGCAGAUGGCAACGGGAACACGGCGCUGCACUACACUGUCUCUCACUCCAACUUCCCUGUGGUCAAACUCCUGCUGGACACUGGCCUGUGCAAUGCUGACAAGCAGAACAAGGCCGGCUACACAGCCAUCAUGUUGACGGCUCUGGCUGCCUUUCACUCUGACAGCGACCUCCAAACUGUCCUGCAGCUGCUCCGCACCGGAGACGUCAACGCUAGAGCCAGCCAGGCUGGUCAGACGGCGCUGAUGCUCGCCGUGAGUCACGGACGAGGGGAUAUGGUCCGGGCGCUGUUGUCCUGUGGAGCUCAGGUCAACAUCCGUGACGAUGAUGGCUCCACUGCCCUCAUGUGUGCCUGUGAGCACGGUCAUGUGGACAUUGUUCGUCAGCUGCUCUCUGUCCCAGGCUGCGAUGCGACACUCACCGAUAACGACGGCAGCACUGCUCUGUCCAUCGCCCUGGAGGCCAGCCAAAACGACAUUGCUGUACUCCUGUAUGCCCACCUUAACUUUGCCAAGCCUCCUUCACCUGUGUCGCCUAAGUCGCCUCUCUUGGGUUCCUCUCCUCCAUCUGGUGAACCAAAAUAAACUCGUCUCCUGCAGCUCGCAGCAGCUUCCACUCAUGUUUCUCCAUCCUUGUAAUUUAGAAAAAAAAACACAGUGUGUCUGUUCAUGUAUUUGUUCCACUCUGAAAGUUUUAGGUACAUCACAUUGUGCAUAUAAUAAUAACAUGACAGCUUAAAACAUU